UGAUGAAUAUACUGAAAUAUUCAAGAUGGGCAGCAACAGUACCAGCAAUGCUGAGACUCACUGCAAUGUCACUAAUUUGACAUUUCAAUACCCCCUCUAUGCCACCACCUACAUCCUCAUAUUCAUCCCUGGUCUACUGGCCAACAGUGCAGCCUUGUGGGUUCUGUGCAGCUUCAUCAGCAAGAAAAAUAAAGCCAUCAUUUUCAUGAUCAACCUCUCUGUGGCUGACCUUGCUCACGUGCUGUCCUUACCCCUCCGGAUUUACUAUUACAUCAGCCACCACUGGCCUUUCCAGAGGGCCCUUUGUCUACUGUGCUUCUACCUGAAGUAUCUCAACAUGUAUGCCAGCAUUUGUUUUCUGACAUGCAUCAGCCUUCAGAGGUGCUUCUUUCUUCUCAAGCCUUUCAGGGCCAGAGACUGGAAGCGUAGGUAUGAUGUGGGCAUCAGUGCUGCCGUCUGGGUCAUCGUGGGGACUGCUUGUUUGCCAUUUCCCAUUAUGAGAAGCACAGACUUAGCCAACAACACUGAGUCCUGCUUUGCUGAUCUUGGUUACAGGAAAAUGAAUGCAAUGGCUUUGGUUGGGAUGAUUACAGCUGCUGAGCUGGCAGGAUUUGUGAUCCCAGUAGUCAUCAUUGCAUGGUGUACCUGGAAAACCACUAUAUCCUUGCGAAAACCACCAGUGGCUUUCCAGGGAAUCAGUGAGAGGCAGAAAGCACUGCGGAUGGUUUACAUGUGUGCUGCAGUCUUCUUCAUCUGCUUCACUCCCUAUCAUAUUAACUUUAUUUUUUACACCAUGGUAAAGGAAACCAUCAUUAGCAGUUGUCCCAUUGUCCAAAGCUCAUUGUAUUUCCACCCUUUUUGUCUAUGCCUUGCAAGUCUCUGCUGCCUUUUGGAUCCAAUUCUCUACUACUUCAUGGCCUCAGAGUUUCGUGACCAACUAUCCCGCCAUGGAAGCUCUGUGACUCGUUCCCGCCUAAUGAGCAGGGAGAGCGGUUCAUCAAUGAUUGGUUAAAAAUAAAAUAGCUAUUUGAUUAUGGCUUUGUUUAACUAUGUUUCCUGGUGUUUUCCAAAGGUGAAAAUGACCAGCCAGAUAAUUUCGUUAAUUGAACUUUGUGAACAACAGAAAUAGUUGUGGUCACAGGGGUGUGAUGGUGGAGGUAGAGUGUGAAAAAUGUGAGAGAGGAAGGGAAGAUGGGAGUUGUAUGAUUCCUAUUUGAAAUUCAAGGCACUUUCUUACUUAAGAGAUCUAGAUCAAGGCUUUACAGGUGUUUUAAACAAAUGGAAAUUGGAUAUUUUAUCUUAAACCUUUCUUUAGUGAAUGUGAUGUUAUUAAUGAUAUAAUAAAUGCAUGAAUCUUUUCCAGAAUGUAAAAACAAAUCUCUUUCAUAUGAAAACCAUUAUUUGUGAAUGAGAGCAAAAAUUCUCCAGUCUUUCUAAGGGAUAAAUGCACAGGUAAUGGGGUGUGAAUGUUGAAGCAACAUGUGCAUCAAUUUUAGGACACAAACCUUUUAUUGAAUAAAGGGCAUGGGAAUUUGUUCAUUCA